UGAUUGUCGAACAAGUGGGUGUGCUCAGUUCUAAUUUUGUCGGCCUCCAGUAAUAUCGUGCAGUUAUUUCAUAAAAAUUAAAUUUGUGUUCACCAGUAACUAUGGCCACCGAUAAUUUGACUGCCGUUCUAUACGGAAUUGAAGAUAUCAGAUUGGAACAACGCCCGAUACCAGAAAUCGAGGACCAUGAGGUUUUGCUUGAGAUGGAUUGCGUUGGAAUUUGCGGAUCAGAUGUCCACUACCUAGUCCAUGGACGAAUUGGUGAUUUCGUUGUAGAGAAACCCAUGAUUAUUGGACAUGAAUCGUCUGGCGUUGUAGCUAAACUUGGAAAAAACGUCACAAAUUUAAAAGUUGGCGAUCGAGUUGCUAUCGAACCUGGAUUUGGUUGCAGAACCUGUGACUUUUGCAAGACUGGACGCUACAAUCUUUGCGAAAAGAUGAUAUUCUGCGCCACCCCACCAGUUAAUGGAAAUUUGAUGAAAUUCUACAAACAUCCGGCUGAUUUUUGUUUUAAACUACCACCAAACGUAACCAUGGAGGAAGCUGCUGUUCUUGAACCGCUUUCGGUGGGUGUUCAUGCAUGUCGUCGAGCCGGAGUUGGACUUGGUUCAGAAGUUUUAAUCCUCGGAGCUGGACCAAUUGGUCUAGUCACCCUUAUGACAGCUAAAGCGAUGGGCGCAGGGAAAGUUUUAAUUACUGAUAUGGUAGAAGGAAAACUGGAGAUUGCAAAGAGUUUGGGCGCUACUUACACAAUGCUUGUGAAAAAAGAUAUGACUGAGGAAAGUUUGGUUAAGCAAGUGCAUGAGAUAAUGGGUUCGGCGCCAGAUAAGGCUAUUGAUUGCUGUGGAGGAGAAUCUACUUCGAGAUUAGCAAUUUUGGCAACCAGAUCAGGUGGAAGUGUUGCUAUCGUGGGCAUGGCUCAAGCUGAAUCAAAGUUACCAGUAACUAAUGCUAUCGUUCGAGAAAUAAAUAUCCAUGGAGUUUUCCGUUAUUGCAAUGAUUAUGCUUCUGCAUUGGCAAUGGUGGCUAGUGGAGCCGUAAAUGUAAAGAAAUUAAUUACUCAUCACUACGACAUCACUGAAACGGAAAAAGCUUUUGAAACUGCCCGAUAUGGCCACGGUGGAGCAAUUAAAGUUAUGAUUCAUUGUCAGCCACGAGAUAAAAACAACCCCAAACCAUUUGAUUCGUAAAAUAGGGCUCAACCGUUCACCGAAAAUAAUUAGCAAGAAAAUUACUCCAACCACCGACUAUACUUUCGGACACAGUUCAAAAUUGGGACCACUGCUGUUUUUGAAGUCAAUAUUUAGCAAUUGUAAACUUUGCGAUUUCUAAAAGGAUCAAUAUCCAGUUCAAGAU